CGACAUGACAGCGGAGUGAAGAGGCGAGGAGACGCCGGUGAGAGAUGGAUGGAUGAACGGAUGAUGGAUGGACGUGUUGACGCUGUGAUGGCGGACGCAGGUGCAGACUCAGCGGCUCUUUGACCGCUGCUGUGUCCGAACAUCGAAGCGAAGCAUCUCCGCGGCUGCAGCUGCGCUCUGAGCCGCUGGAUCUACCUGGAUCCUCAUCCUCAUCCUCAUCAUCACUUAUCAGACACUGCGUCUUUCUCUUGCAGCGGCUCACUCAGGAUGUCUGGGCCGGCCGGACCUGCACAGCCCGCCGCCGGGCCGGGACCAGGGCCAGAGUUGCCGGACCUGAGCCACCUGACAGAGGAAGAGCGGAGGAUCAUCCUGUCUGUGAUGGAGAGACAGAAGAAGGAGGAGGAGAAGGAGCAGAGCAUGCUUAAGAAGUUGCAUCAGCAGUUUGAGAUGUAUAAGGAUCAGGUGAAGAAGCUGGGGGAGGAGCCUCAGUCGGCUCAGACGGCGAGGGCGGAGUCUCCGAUCUGCGGCAUUUGUCGCAAGACCAAAUUCGCUGACGGUUGCGGUCGAGCGUGUUGUUACUGUCGGAGCCGCUUCUGCGCUCGCUGCGGGGGGCGUGUCCCUCUGAGAGCCAAUAAGGUCAUGUGGGUGUGUAACGUGUGCAGAAUGAAGCAGGAGAUGCUUACUCGCUCGGGCGAGUUUGACUCACCCAUGUCUGUCGACCACACCCAGCACGGGGUCCCACAUCCACCGACGCAGGGGCUGCCGGUCGCCACAAGCAAUGGAGCCACAGAGCGGAGGCGGAGCCCUGUAGGGUCACAUUACGAUGGCGGGGGCGGCCGCAUGCCUUGCUCGCCCUCUGACCUUGGUCUGGACCACUGCACUCACUCGCCACGGGGUUUCCAUGGCAACGGGGUGGAGGAACUUCGAGGACCGAGGCGAGCGAUCAGAGACGCUCGAGGCCGCUGGCACUCACAGGACCAUCCUCUGGACCAGGUUCUGGACAAGCAUGAGCUGCAGCGGCGACAGGAGGAGGAGUUUCAGGCCCGUUACCGUAGUGACCCAAACCUGGCUCGUUACCCGGUGAAGCCGCAGCCAAGCGAGGAGGCCAUGAGGAUGUUAGCUCAGGUCAGCAGAGUCCGACACCAGCGCCGCCACAGCGACGUCUCCCUGGCAACCGCCGAGCCCGAACACCUGACCCCAAGACACACAGUUCUCCGACAUAAUCGACCACAGGGAUUGAUGGGAUCUGGAGGUCAGAGGUCAUUCUCUGUCGACCACGCAGGUAAUCGCUUAAGCCCCACCUCUCCCCGCCGCAGUCCGUUACCGCAGCAGCACCUGGACCCGAGCUCCGCCCACAAAAGGAAGUCAGCCACUGAGGGCUCGGUGCAGAGGGGGCGGGGCAUGGGGAAGAUGCACGUGAUUGGCAGCUUCAGCAGCUCUGAGGAGGAUCUGGUGACCACGCCCGACUACACAAGCUGUGAUGAGCCUGACCGAGACAUGGACAGCCAUUGGUGGGAUCAUGGUUCCUGGCAUAGUGAGCCUGGGUCCAUGUCCAUGCAUCCAGUCACAUGGCAACCGUCCAAGGACGGCGAGCGUCUCAUCGGUCGAAUUUUGCUGAACAAGAGGAUGAAGGAUGGAACGGUUCCCGCGGAUACGGGAGCGCUGCUCGGACUCAAGGUUGUCGGGGGGAAGAUGACGGAUUCAGGUCGUCUCUGUGCGUUCAUCACCAAGGUGAAGAGAGGAAGUCUGGCAGACACAGUGGGACACCUGAGACCAGGUGAUCAGGUUCUGGAAUGGAACGGUCGGGUUCUUCAGGGAGCCACGUUUAACGAAGUCUAUAACAUCAUCCUGGAGUCAAAAGCAGAACCACAGGUGGAGCUAGUGGUCUCACGACCCAUUGGAGAUGUUUCCAGAGCAGCAGACAGUCACGUCCAACUGGACUCCAGUUCCAGCUCCUUCGACUCUCAGAAAGUCGGUCCAUCCAUCUCGGUCACAUCUCCCGUGAGCCCCAGCGUCCUGUCCGGACAAGUCUCGAUUCAGGGCAGGCGUCCUCUGGUUCCUCGGAUUCAGGUGAAGCUCUGGUACGAUAAAGUUGGUCAUCAGCUGAUCGUUACAGUUCUUGGAGCCAAAGAACUUCCUCCUCAAGAUGAUGGUCGACCCAGGAACCCUUACGUCAAGAUUUACUUCCUGCCGGACAGAAGUGAUAAGAGUAAGCGGCGGACAAAGACGGUAAAAAAGUCGGUGGAACCUCGCUGGAAUCAAACCUUCAUGUACUCCCCGGUCCACCGGCGGGAGUUCAGAGAGCGAAUGUUGGAGCUUACAGUCUGGGAUCAGGCCCGGGUCCGAGAGGAGGAGAGCCAGUUCCUGGGCGAGGUUCUGAUAGAACUGGAGUCGGCUCUGCUGGAUGAUCAGCCUCAUUGGUACAAACUGCAGCGUCAUGAUGUUUCCUCUCUGCCACUACCAAUCGCCUCCCCCUACCUGCAGAGGAGAGGACUGCAGCAUGAACCCAGUCAGACCAGCAGGAGGCUUCAGAGGUCUCAGAGGAUCAGUGACAGUGAGUUUUCUGAUUACGACUGUGAAGACGGCAUCGGGGUGAUUUCAGACUACAGACAGAAUGGGCGGGACUACCACAGCUCCACACUCUCAGUGCCAGAGCAGGUGAUGUCGUCCAAUCAUAGCCCUCGAUCCAGUUUGUCCCGGAUGAGGUCGCCGAGUCAACCGCCUCCUCAAAGCGGGAACCCCCUGUACCCGUUGUACCGGGAAGAUGCCGUGCGGCUCUUAAGAGGCUCCAAACUGGGCCGAGCGCAAUCUGACGCCGGCCAGUACAGCAGCCUGGAGAGGAGGUCACUGAGGAGAAUGUCCGUUGCCAACUCCCUCGACGACAGCAGCAGAUAUUUUAACGGUCCAAACCACACACUGUGGACUAACCACAUGAUGAAUGGGAGCUGUGAGGACUACAGUCAGGACUUCAUCCCAGACUUUCCCUACGAACCCAACACCUAUGAUGAGGAAGUGCUCAGGUACAGCCGAGGCAUGGACCGGCGGGAUUACUACAGCCGCUCUCGGUCGGCAGACCAGCGUGCGAUGGUGGAGCGUCCGGUCUACACACGCUCACACUCCACGGACCGAGCCGACUCCGCUCACCUGAGGUCUGGACGCUCCGCCCCUCCCUCACCCGCCCGUACGAGAGCGAAUCCUCCCGGUGGAUCAGCGCAGACGAGUCCAUCGGGGACACCGGUCUUUAACCGCCAAGCACGCCAACUGCCUGUCGUCCCACGCAAGCCAACAUUAGACAGAAGUGUGAUGAAGGAUCCAUUAAAGAUGAGGGACAGUCUGUCCUUCAAGUCGUCAGACAGUGACGUCAGCGAUGUGUCCGCCAUGUCCAACGCCUCCGACACUCACUCUGUCCGCAGGAUCAGUCGGGCGGAGGCUCUAGACGGUCAAUCAAUGGAGUUGGGGGCUGGGUCAGAGAGAGCACCAGAAGUCGCAGCAGGGGGUGGAGCCUUGCUGCAGAAGAGCGAAUCAGCAGAGGAGGGAGAGGUGGAGGAGGAGGAGCCUUCAAAGCCGGCAGCGGCGUCCGGAGCUCCUCUCAUGAAGUCGUCGAGUGUCGGCGGUGAGAUUUGUUCGUUGGGGAGAAACGACGACGAUGACGACGACAAGAAAAGACGCUCAAGUUUUGGAGCGAAGAUGAUGGGGAUGGUCGGGCUGGGGAAGAAGAGUCAGAGCGCGUCGCAGCUCAACCCCGAGGAGGAAGAGAAGAAGAAGAAAGUGAUCCGACUUCCUGUCCAGAGAAGCGUAGAAACCGGUUUGGCCGUGGAGUUUAAGUCUCGCUUUACUCGACAACCGAGUCGUGACCCGGACGCUGAGGACCCCAAACCUGGAGCGCUCAUUUUUCCAGGAGUGAAAUUAGCAUCAGAUCAACAAUUUACUGGCUUCCUGGAAGGACUAGGCCCCGCCCAGCUAGCUGGACGGCAGACUUUGGCCACACCCCCCAUGGGUGACAUCCAGAUCGGGAUGGUUUACAGGAAGGAGCGUCUGGACGUGGAGGUGAUUCGAGCUCGAGGGCUCGUGGGUAAACAAGGCAACAAAAAUACUCCAGCGCCAUACGUGAAGGUGUAUCUCAUGGACAAUGGGAAGUGUGUGUUGAAGAGAAGAACUCGUCUGGCGAGAAAAACUCUGGAUCCACUUUAUCAACAACAACUGCAGUUUGAAGAAAGUCCAGAGGGUAAAGUACUGCAGAUCAUCGUGUGGGGCGAUUACGGGAGGAUGGAUCAUAAAUCCUUCAUGGGUGCCGCUCAGAUCCUGUUGGACGACCUGGACCUGUCCAACAUGGUGAUUGGCUGGUUUAAACUGUUUCCUGCCACCUCAUUGGUCGACCCCGCCCUGGCCCCUUUGACAAAUAAGGAAGCCGAGGGCAACAAGUCGUAGCAUCAGGAGGCGGGACUAACUUUUUACCAUCGUAGCAAUGGUCAAGGAGAGGGAGGAAGGGACAUGUUGUUUCAGGGCGGGGCCUUAAAAAAGUCCCAUGAUCCUACUCUGCUGUUGCAUGCUGCAUGAUGACAUCACAGCGAUGUGUAACAGCAUCACAAUGAUGUCACUGUGAGGAGGAGGAGGAGCAGCACAGGAAAUGACCUUCUCACUGCGAGGACCAUGUGACCUCCAGCUGACAGCCAAUAACAGUGGCUCCUCAUGAGUCACAUGACCGCUCGAGACAUGUCCACAAAGCACAGACUGAAUGUGACGCCUGGUUUCCAUGGAGAUGCAGGAACACAGAGGGGGCGGGGUCUUUAUGUUUUUGCAUGGAACAAUGAAAA